UUGUUUUUUUACUAAUAGGUGUAUAUUUCGUUAUAUUUGUUGCAGUUUCAUGUAUAUGUGCAGAUGGUAACAUGUUAACUUAGCUAGUUUUGAAGCUUGAACAAGCGUACAUACACGCUGCACGUGUUUCUGUUUUCUUCAGCAAUCGUCAGCGCCGAAAAGGUUGAAAAUCUUGAAGAUGGAUAAAGCCAAGAAAAGUCCAGAUUCGAAAAUAAACUGUAAAACUUCAGAAGAUACUCAAAUACUGUCCAAGGUUGGGAAUGAUUCUUCCCCUUCUGAAGUUAAGAAUAUUACAAAAUGUACAAGGUUUCGCCUCUCCAGGGAAUACGAGCUUCGCAUAUGCAACUGUAAGCAUAUUCUUCGUAUGACAGUUGGAGAGCGCCACUCAGUGGUAAAUCCGCAGCGUUGGUUGUGUAAUGUUUGUUUCACUACAGAGUCAGUGUGGGCGUGUCUAAGUUGUCCCAAUGUUGCUUGUGGAAGAUACAUACAUGAGCAUGCGUUGAAUCAUUACCUCGAAACACAACAUCCCCUGGCGAUUGACGUUAAUGAACUGUACGUUUAUUGCUAUGCUUGUGAGGAGUAUGUGCUGAAUGAUAACAAGUCAGGUGAUAUUAAAGUACUGCGGGAAACCUUACAGGCAAUUCGAUACCAGAACUUUACUGGCACUACAAGAAGUGGGCACACACUACGAACUGCUACCAUUAGUUCUGAUGAAGAUAUACAGAUGAGAAGAAGAUUGCAACAACAACAACUAGAUAGGGAUGAUCGUAACUUCACAGCCAUAUGGCAUUCCAGGUUUGUACGUCAAAGAAAAGCGUUUAAAUACUGGCUGCAUUACGUGAGACACAAAAGUGAAUACAAAGAUGAGGAGCCCGUGUCUCCCAACAUCUCCCCAGAUGAAUCUCCAGUGAGGAUGGAAUCAAUUCGGCUGAGGGAGUUUGCAGUCCUGGACCUUAAAACUGAAAAUGAUGAGACGGUAUCCUCUUCUCCCGGAUCAAAAGAUCUGCUUCCAUGUUUUAAUACAUGUGAAAUAUCAUCAGCAAACAAAGUGAAUUCUAAAGAUUUGUCUUUGGAGAUGGACAAAGUAACUGCCAUGCAAGAAGAACUUACCAUGGAAGAUACAUGCAAAUCAACUCAGUCUAUUAUAGAAAUUGAGAUUGAUACUUCAGACACUGUUCCAAACGACCAUGAACAGUUGGAUUUAAGUCAUGAAAGGUCUGACAAUAAGUUUUCUGCGGAUAUAUCCGUCAAAGGACACAAAUCGGAAAUAAAAAGUGAAAAAGAAUCUAAUUUCCCAGAAGGGGAUAAGACUGAAUCUAAAAAAGUUAGCAGAAAAGAUAGCGUAGUAGAAGCUACUCAAAAUACAGACACCACGCAAACUCGUCCUAAGCGCGCAAACGCUGCCAGUCGUUAUCAUGAGAUAAUGCACAGACUUUCAUCCUUCGUUCAUAUUGAACCUGUAAAAAAACGAUUGAAAUUGACAAUACCGACUCCAAGCGCUGGUCGCAAAACUUCUGUGGAUUUAGAGGACAGAAGAAGAAGUGCAAGACUUAUUCAGAGAACUUGUGAAAAGGCAAAAGCUGCGGAAAAAGCAAGAAAGAAGAAGGGAAGUAAAAAGAAGGGCAAAACGAAAAAAUCCUAUGGAAAAUCAACCCAAAAAGCACAAAAAGGUCAAAAAGCAACUCGAGUGACGGGUUCUUCUAAAACUUCCCACAGAAGAAUUCGAACUCAGAGUGGUCUCAGAUCACUAUAUGAUAGCAUCCCUAACAAAGCAGUCACUUCUUUAAUACCAGGAGUCACUGGGCUGAGAAACUUAGGCAACACAUGCUAUCUAAAUUCAAUUAUACAGGUCUUGGGACAUCUUCAGAAAUUCCGUUUAUGCUUGUUGGCAUUGCGGGACUUAGACGGAAUGGACGAACACCAUGAUAGUUUAACUUCACCUGUUGCUACACAUUCUCGUAUGGGCAGACGAUCUACAAUGGAAAUGUAUGAAAACCAAACUAAUGUGUCAAGGAGAAUGCUGCGGCUUCAAUCAGGUUUAAAUGGUGGUCAUGAUGGCAGUGCUUCCAGUGAAAAAGAUUCAGUGUUGCCAUCAACACAACUUCCCCCUUCCCUUUCUCUUUGCCAUGAGUUAAAUGACCUUUACCACAUAAUGUGGUCGGGCAAGUGGAAGCUGGUGUCUCCAUGUCACUUCCUAAGUUCAGUGUGGCAACUCAUUCCUUCGUUUCGGGGUUAUUCUCAGCAAGAUGCUCAGGAAUUCUUGUGCGAGUUGCUCGAUAAAAUCGUCUCCGAAUUGGAAUGGAAGCGCAGACGACCUCAAAUGAUGGUUUCCAAUGGUUUGGCAACCAGGAUAUCUAAGGUGGUUCAUGCAGUGUUUGAAGGCAAACUUCACAGUAUGGUAAAGUGUUUGGAGUGUGGUAAUAUAUCAAGCACUAUUGAACCCUUUUGGGAUUUGUCGCUAGAAUUUCCCCAGCGGUAUCACGUCAAUGCAUACAACUGGAAGAACAGCAACCAAGGAUGUACUUUAUCGGAGAUGUUGGAGAAAUUCACUGAAGCAGAACAGCUCGACGGUGGAUGUGUGUACAACUGCGCUAAAUGCAAUGUUACGGAACAACAAGUUACAGAUCGUUGCAACCGUCGUAGGCGACUUUCCAGUCGUAAAAUAACCCAGAAACUCACUGAAGCGGAAAAACAAAUCAAAAUCUCGAAACUGCCACAAAUACUUCGUUUUCAUUUGAAGCGUUUUCGAUGGAGUGGUCGCAACCACCGUGAAAAAAUAACGGUGCCAGUCAAUUUUCCUUCGGAAUUCGAUAUCAGGCAACACUGCUGGUCUGAUCAUCAGUCCAAUGUUUCUGCUCCAAGCAGCAGUGAUGGGAACUUUGUAUACGAUCUUAGUGCUGUAGUUAUACACCAUGGAAGGGGCUUUGGAUCAGGUCAUUAUACAGCAUACUGUUGGAAUGAUAUUGGAAAGUUCUGGGUCCACUGUAAUGAUUCUAACCUAGAGUUAUGCUCAAUUGAUGAUGUAAUGGCAGCACAAGCGUACAUACUUUUCUACAGCCAACGAGGGUUAGACCCCCACCCCCACUUUAGUGCCCCAUGUACCCCUGAUAUGAGUCCCCCUAUUUCACCCAGUGACUCAGAAGUGUUCGAUAAUGACAUUGGUUGACAGUUUAAGCCAAAACAAUAAAAGUGUCACCAAAAUGCGGCAACCCUGGUGUUAGAGAUCACGCAACAAGAGUAGGGUGUGUGCAAAACUAACUAACAAUGAAAACUGGAAAUUUUAAAGUUAAAUGUAUUCCAUAAUUGCAAAUACUUAACACUAGUGCAGUGCAUCAUUCAAAAAGAUGUUUUUAAAUAUUUUCCGGAAUAACAAUUUCCUACAAUUAUUAGCAUACCAAUGAAGUAAUAUUUGGGAACUAUAGGCUCCAAAACUUUGGUUGGAACUAUUCUUGUAGUUUCUAAUCAUCUUGAAUCACUAUGCUUGUUACUCCAACUAAGGUUCAACCUAUACAUGUUUGCCAACCUUCAUUUUUGCUGUGUAAGAGUAAGCUUGCUGCUUACUGCCAAGCAUACUAGUAGAAACCAUAACUUUGCCUUCGUUUAAAUGGGAUUUCCACGCUUCAUAUAAAAAUAGGACCAUGUUGGUUGCAUUGUCCGCUUAAUAAAUUUGCUGUUUUAAACUCUAAACCAAUGCUUUGACCUGUUCAUUUUGUUCCUUUUUUACCUGAUUCUUUUUCGCUUUCGGCAUUUUUUUUACCAUUUUUAACUUUCUUUUUUGUGCUAUGAAAUGAAUGUUGGCUUGCAUGUCUGUGCCCAUUACUGAACUACAGCGUAAAAAAUUCCCAUUGUGCUUUUCUUACUGAUCAUCAAUAAAGCAAAAAUGCCAUGCAAA